CAUCAAAAAAAUUUCUUAUCCUCUCUCACCUUGUAUCUGUCAUAUCACUUCACUUUCUCUCUCUUUAUAGCUCCUUAACCUCUGCUCUCACUGUAACCUUCAUUAAUGGCGUUUCAGAUCUGAAAAUGAACUCUAAAGCUUAAGAAAACCCCAAACUUCGGCCAAACCGAAAGGCAAAAAAGAGAAAUCUUUUUUUUUGUAUAUUUUUAAUCCAAAAAGGCUUAAUUUCUCUUUGCGUGUGUGUGUGUUUGUUUUUUUGUUUCUCUUUCUCGAUUUUUCAAAAUGCAGAAGAAAACGGCGUAUUCGUUCCCCGACGAGAUUUUGGAGCACGUUUUCUCGUUCAUACAAUCGGACAAGGACCGGAACGCAGCGUCGGUGGUGUGCAAAUCGUGGUACGAGAUCGAACGGUGGUGUCGGAGGAAGGUAUUCGUGGGGAACUGUUACGCCGUCAGCCCUACGAUGGUGAUCAGGCGGUUCCCGGAUAUCAGAUCCAUUGAGCUAAAAGGGAAGCCACACUUCGCGGACUUCAAUCUGGUACCGGACGGUUGGGGCGGGUACGUACUUCCAUGGAUAUCGAAAAUGGCUGGAGCCUAUCCAUGGCUCGAAGAGAUCCGGCUUAAGCGAAUGGUUGUCACGGACGAGAGCCUGGAGCUUGUUGCUAAGUCUUUUACGAAUUUGCAAGUGUUGGUGCUCUUUUCUUGUGAAGGGUUUUCAACUGAUGGGCUCGCUGCUAUUGCUGCUGGCUGCAAGAAUCUGAGAGAGCUGGACUUGAGAGACAGUGAAGUGGAUGAUUUGAGUGGGCAUUGGCUCAACCAUUUUCCUGACACAUACACAUCCCUUGUGUCUCUCAACAUUUCCUGCUUAGGAUCCGAUGACGUUAGUUUCUCGGCCUUGGAGCGCCUAGUUGGUAGAUGUCCCAACUUGAGGAGGCUUUUGCUCAACCGUGAAGUGCCCCUCGAUAAGAUUGCCAACCUUUUAUCCCGUGCACCGCAGCUGAUUGAAUUUGGCACUGGCACCUAUGCAGCUGAGCUACGGUCAGACGUGUACUCGAACUUGGUUGAAGCUUUUUGUAAUUGCAAGGAAUUAAAGAGCUUGUCUGGGUUUUGGGAUGCAGUCCCAGCUUACCUUCCAGUUAUUUACUCUGUAUGCUCUAGAUUAACAUCAUUGAACUUAAGCUACGCUCCCAUACAAAAUCCCGAUCUUACCAAGCUUGUAAGCCAAUGUCCGAGUUUGCAACGCAUGUUGGUACUUGAUUACAUUGAAGAUAGUGGACUCGAAGUGCUCGCAUCUAGUUGCAAGGACCUACAGGAAUUGCGGGUGUUUCCAUCUGAUCCAUUUGGGGAAGAGCCAAAUGUAUCCUUGACAGAAAAGGGCCUUGUCGCUGUUUCUUCGGGUUGUCCUAAGCUACAGUCGGUUUUGUACUUUUGCCGUCAAAUGUCUAAUGCAGCUUUAGUCACCAUUGCUCAGAACUGUCCGAACUUCACUCGUUUUCGUCUCUGUCUUCUUGAUCCAAAAAUAGCCGACUACCGGACCCUUCAGCCACUUGAUGUAGGUUUUGGAGCCAUUGUUGAGCACUGCAAGGAUCUGAGACGCCUUUCCCUCUCUGGUCUCCUCACAGAUUGUGUGUUUGAAUAUAUCGGGAUGCAUGCGAAAAAGCUAGAGAUGCUGUCUGUUGCUUUUGCAGGAGAAAGCGAUUUGGCACUUCAUCAUGUGCUUUCUGGGUGUGAAAGUCUCCGGAAACUGGAGAUUAUGAACUGCCCCUUCGGGGACAAGGCUCUAUUAGCGAACGCUGCAAAGCUGGAGACAAUGCGAUCCCUUUGGAUGUCUUCUUGCUCUGUGAGUCUCGGAGCAUGUAAGAUGCUAGGUCAAAAGAUGCCCAGGUUGAAUAUCGAAGUUAUGGACGAGAAGGGACCUCCAGAUUCAAGAGCGGAAAGUGACCCGGUCGAUAAGCUCUAUAUAUAUAGAUCUGUUGCCGGGCCGAGGUUCGAUAUGCCUCCAUUUGUUUGGACGAUGGACGAAGAUUUUGCAUCAGAGCUCUCUUGAGAAUUAGGCAACAUGUUAGAAAAAACUCUUUUAAUCUCAAGAAUCAAUAUAUCAGGUACAUGCUCCUUUAUGUUACUCAUUAUUCCCUUGGCUUAAUCUAAUUGCAGACCUUAUUGAAGGGUGUAAAAUGGUUUUGAGCUCCAUCGCCGUUCGUUUUAGUAGUGGCUGGCGGAGCCAUCGGAAACACAAGGAUCGAUAAAGAGAUGGAAACUCCAGUUGUGGAUUAAUCAAGAGUUUUUAUUUUAUUUUAUUUGUUUCCCCAUAGUUACCAUGCAUAAUGUUGGAUGUUUAUGUCAUUUGUAUUAUCCUUUUGGGGUUGUAAAUCUUAAUUAUUAUCUUUUCUCUCAA